CCAGAGGAUAUCCAGAGGAUGUUAAACAUGUCUGGAUGACCUCUGGAUAAUCUCUGGAUGUCCUCUAGAUAUGUGUAUUGUUUUAUGUGUAUUGUUUAUUGGUUUUAAUAUAAUUGCUACAAUAUCCUGACAGGAAAGAGAAAGAAAAUGCGCUUUCUGAAUUUCCGAAGGAUAUUAUCGACAAAGAUUGAGGAGCAGUCAAGGAUUAUUAAUCGCAAGACGCAAAAACUUCUGGAACGGAAGUUGACGUUUUGGGAAUACGUGUUUGGUCCCAAAAAAUCCUUGUCGGAUCUUUAUCGGCUGACUCAGAAGCAAGCGCAUCGCAAGGGGAAUUCGUGUAAUCAGGCCACAACCGGGAACAUAGUGAUCAACACCGAACAGGUUAGAUCUUCGAAAAAUCCGAGGAACUUGGAGCCGCAACCGUCAUCGAUGUACAAAGUGCCUAGAGCCGUAUUGUUGAACAGGAUGAUAAUAGAUGGUUUCUACGAGAAUAAUAAUAACUGCGAGGGUAAAACGAUAACAUUCACAACGACCAAAAGACCGUACGAUGAAAUGAAGCCGCCUUCGAAUUUCCGAAGGGUCAUCGAUCUUCGGAAGGACAUCAUAUCGGAAAAUAAUGAGGAAACGGUGCCUCAAAUGUUGACACAGAUAAGUGCGGCCAAAGCUCGCGAUUCUACGGCAAACAUACCGAAUCAAGCAAUGAAACAAGAAAAACCACGAAGACACUCGAGAUUUGAACAAUUAGAAAUUUUAGUGAACGAAAAAAUGUCCGAGUUUAAACGUGCGUCUCAAAUAAAUCCGGACUCUGAAAAUUCCAAUAAAUAAAAAAACAAACAAUGGU